AGCGAGCGACGAGCGGGUUCACAAAGCAGACGCAGUUAGAGAUCUCAUAACCCUGUGACAGCAGCUCAACGUACACUCACACGUACACAAAGCACCGCUGCCAUGCCGAGCCUGGUCACAUCACCGCCAAAGGAGCUGCAGCACCUCAGCAUGGAUGCUGACAACAAAAAGGCGGGAAAAUGCAGGGGAGCAAACCUGAAGUCUCGGCUGCAGAGCAGAUCGUCUCCAGUCACUAACAGUGACGGGCUUUGUUUUGAAGAGAUGUCCCAGUGGUCGAACUCACUAGACAGACUUCUCUCAUCCAAAUAUGGAAUGAGCAUAUUCCAGGCCUUCCUGAAGUCAGAGUUCAGCGAUGAAAACAUUGAGUUCUGGGUGGUGUGCGAGGACUAUAAGAAGAUCAAGUCGUCCUUCAGGAUGUCCUCCAGGGCCAAAAAGAUCUUCAAACGCUACGUUCAAGCCGAGGCUCCCAGAGAGAUAAACAUCGACCACAAGACCAGGGAUGUGAUCAGGCGGAACAUCGCGACGCCUUCCGCGGUGUGUUUCGAUGAUGCCCAAAAGAUUGUCUACGGGUUGAUGGAGAGAGACUCCUACCCACGUUUCCUCAAGUCUGACAUUUACCGGACUUUACUGGACUCCACAUCCGAAUCAGUGAAGCUGUAAAGACACCAGAGACUCUGUGUUUGUUGAAGCUGGACUGCGAAGCUGUGCCCAAAAAACUCUGGACUACCUGAGAGAAGUUGUGUUUGUGGCCAUCCAAGACAUUUCUAACUCAUUCAUACCCUUCUGCUCAGGUGGGGUUGGUUGUGACCUCAUGUGACUGUGAGAGAGAAGCAGCUGGUUCUGUAGCGAGAGAGAGAGAAAAAAAAAGCUGAGGAGACUCUGCUCAGAACCAGACAGUAUGAUGGGAAAUGAGGCAUCCGGGUUAAAAAAUGACUCUACUUAAUUAAAAGCAGCUGCUGUGAAAUUGUCUGUAAAGCAAAAGGACUUCCCAGAGAUGCUGCGAUUAGGUAAAGAAAAAUGCGAGGGACUUUCUGUGAGAGACACCAGGAAGUGAAUGUGGUGCAAACGGCACCUUCCACCCCAGAUGAAAGUGCACCAGCUGGCAGAUCCGCACAUCAUCUUCUGUCGAUGUUAUCUCACUGAAGUCAUAAAUAAGUAGAUGCUAUCUAGAUGUGGAUGUUUUAUAUUCAACCCUGUGCACGUGUAAGAUUUUAACCUUCUGAGAUCAGUGCCGACACGCUGAGCUGAUGUGUUACAACUAUAAUCAUGCGUUAUAAGCUAUGUGUGGAAAAUGCAUUCGAGUUUGUCGAAACAUACUGAAUGUGAAUAUUAAACUGGAUUUGUGUAUUUAAUAAAAAAAAAAAGUCUUACAUUUGCA